GCUUGCUCACUUGUCUGAAAAUGAGUGAUGAUUUUCCCAGACAAGGCAUAUCUGAUGGAUUUCAUUUAUCACAGGAUUAUAGAAAGCUAGUGUUUUUGGAUCAAUGUCGCAUGGCGGAAUAUAAUUUAGAUUGAUUUUUUUUCCUUUGUGUGAUCAAGAAUUUAAAUAUUGCAUGAAGAUCAGCAGUAUUGAAAUACAGGAGGAUGAAUGGAAUAAUAUUGGUAGCCAUGGUGCCUUAUUGAUACAUUGUAUAUGGGUGAAUAUCCGGCCAGUCCUGAAACAGGAAGCUUUGCGAUGAACAGGAAAUGGUUCAGUGCCGCGUACAGUAGAGGGAUUAUGACUCUCCAAAUGUAGGGCAAGAAAAGAGGAAAAUGUGAGCUGUUUUUUGAUGAAAAUCUGAAGAAUUAUAAGUGGAUUAAAAUGGAAGUGACAUUCAAAACACUGCUGGACGAGACGGUUUACGGGCUAUUACAGACAAGUGCAGGUGUGUGUAGUCUGCACUGUUAACGCAGGUGCAUCUGGGUGACGUAUAUGUUUUACUUAUGUGAGAUUUUUGUGACGUGAUCAUUGUCAGCUGAAAAUUAUUCAAUAACAUCAACAUCCGUUAUCACCAUGGAUAAAUUUGGUGUGCAUUUGAAAUCCACCGGAUUACCAAACACCAGGGAGAAAGAAAAGACAAGGCAAACAACAACUAGGAAAAAUCAACCUACGAACAUGAAGGAUAUAAAAAGUAUGUUUGAAAGCAAGUCCGAAGGAACUACUGGUUCGACCAGUGCCCCAGUUUCCAUGGGAACAGACUUUAAAAGUAGAUCAUACACUACCCAAAAAACUGUGACCAAAAAACCCAGUAGUGAUAAAAGUGCCAAAGAUGAAGAGGACUUAACAUUGUUUUCUCAGUUCAAAUUCAGUAUUGAUGCCAAUAAAAAUACAACGCUGGAGAGAACUAAUAGCUCGGAUAGUUGUCAUAGCAUGGGUAGUCCAAGAGGUGUCAGAAAAGCAAACAAAGAUGACACAAAUGACACAACCAAAGCACAGGUUGUCAAGUCAAAGGUCAUGACCUCUUCUUCCAAAACCUUUCAAGCUUCUGUUGAUAGUAAGAUACACAGAGUGAAUUCACGGGAAGAUAAUUCCCUCAAACAAAAGGCCACAUCAGACCUCAUUGGAAAUUUGGCCAUCUUACGAACUCUUCCUGGAGGUAGUAAAAAAUCAGAAACGUCUGCUUCAUCUGCUCAGAGUGAAACAUCCAAACCAAACAAAGUUUUCAAAGAAACAUCAAGUUUAUUGAAAGAAAAGAAAACGUCAUCUACCGAUAGUGUCAAUUCAGAUAAAGAUGUUGGUCAGAAAAGUAGUGUAUCAAGGACCAAGGAAUUUUCAGUUUCAAAAUCUGCUAAGAAAAGUUCUGAUGUCAGUAAAUUAAGUGGGGAAAGUAAAUUAACAAAACAAAAAGAAUUGGGAUCUUCUUUGAGUCCUAAAGCAAGUGAAAAGAAAUUCAAAAGUGAUUUUGGACUAAGUUAUAACAAAAAGCAAGAAAUUAGUGUAUCAUCUGGACCAGGGCUUAGUCGUCAAUCCAGCACAGACUCAGUGACCUCAGAAAAGUCAAGUCCAAGGUCAUCUCUCAAAAGUAAAGGUAAAUUAAAACUGGAUCAGUCCACUGCCUCAGAUACUGGGUCGUCUGGAAGCUUGAGUCCGCGGGUCAAGUCCUUCAGUCCGGAAGUAAAACCGGAUGAGAAGCCGGAGUGGAUGGAGAAAAGUAAAGAACUUGUGAACAAGUUCCAGACCAAGUUAAAGAAGCCUGUGAUUUCUGACUUCUCUGUCAUUGUGACCACUAGCAGUGUUUCUGAAGAAACGACAAAAUCUUCCACUUCAUCAUCAUCCACCUGGCCAUCUAAAUCCACAACUCCACAAAAAACAGACACUGUUACUAACACAUCUUCCACAUUUACCAAAACCAGUGUUACAAGAACUGAUUCAGGCAGAAAGAGUGACUUGCAUGGCUAUAAAGAGGCUUUGCUUAGUAAAGAAGCAAGCAGCAGUAAAGAGUUUUUGGAAAAAUUCUCAAAGGACAAGGAACUGAAAGAGGAGAAGACAGAUAAAGAGUUAUUGUCACGUAAAACUAGUUCAGAACAAUUUCAGAAACUGAAAGGAGGAUUUGAACAAUCUGAUGAUACUUCCAAAUCUACACAACCAAAACCAAAAAUUGAGAUGCCAAACUCUAAUCAGUUUCUGGAAAGAAGGAAUUCAUUUGAAAAGCCAAAGCCUGCAGACAUUGCAAAGUGUACAACUCUGAAGAACCUAAAAAAUGAUGGCAAAAUUGUUGGAGUGAAAGACAGAAUAAGUGCUUUAAAUGAAGGCAAGGGUGAGGUUGUGGAUGAAAGGUUCCGAAAUAAAGUACAAACACAGAAGUCAACUGAGAAGUCCAAAGAUUCAGACCAGGAAUAUCACGAUGUAGCUGUGAACCGAGCCGGGCCGACCAAUGACUGGCCGACGUCCGAGAGUGAAAGUGACGAGAAUAUGUACGAAUGCAUUCCAGCGACUGAUCCCCGCAAGAAGGAAGAAGGGGGGACAGAACACAGACUGACCAGGAAGCAUGGACAGAAAAGUCCCUCUAGCAUUAGGAAAGGUAAUAAUCGACCAAGUUUUGACCUUGACUCUCAUGUAAAUGACAGUUCAUCUGAGGUCACAACCGAGGCAGGGGAUAGCAGCAGCAAGGAGGGAACACUGGAGAGUACUGAAGAUGGCACUGGAAUAGAGGCAGAUGUUGAGGAAUAUGAUUCUGAUGGGAGUGGAAGUUCAGGGAUUUAUGAGCCAAUAGAUCCCAAUUGGGAAUCCCACAAGCCUUCCCAGGAUUCCACAGGACAGGAAGAGCCUCCCGUUUUACCACCAGGUAGAGGACGCCACAAGAAAAAGGACGGUAAAACAAUCGGCAAAAAGCUGAAAAAAUUCAAAGAGAAACUAGGCUCAAAUGCAGCAAAACAGAACGAAGGAAGUCUUCCAAAAGUAUCAUCUACAUCUUCCAUCACAUCAAAUAGCUCUUCCUCAGGAUUGUUAAAGAAAGUGGGUAAAAUUAUGAAGAAAUCAAAAGUGAAUGGUGCACAAAUGAGGAAUGGGGAGGACCCUGAGGAAAUAAGGGUGUGUAACAGCGCAACUGACUCUAGUGACAUUAACGAGGAUAUCUACGAGGACGAACCAGUUCAGUUACGUGCUCAUAUAGGUUCCUCAGGAGGCGAGGACAAUUCUGGCUCGGACAUUUAUGAACAACAUAUUGAAGUUGACAGUUUGGAUCGGGCCCCCUCUAGGCCCCCACCCCCUCCCCCCACCGCCCCACCAGCCCCUCCUGUACCCCCCAGGUUAUCCCUUCCCCCAGUGCCAGAUAAAGAUGUACCUCCGCCACGACCCCCAUCCACGGGGAAAAUUAAGUCCCCAGGGGAUGAUACGCCUGCUCUUCCACCUAGGAAUAGGAUAUCAGGGAACUUCAAUCUGGAUAUGGUGGUCCCUAUCAGCCCGGGAGGACGUUCAGGGCCAACUUGGCACCCAGCCCCAGAAAGCUACCUGCAUGGUCACAAUGUGAAAGGAUCCAAGUUCAAUGACCAGGUAGAUGGGGGUGGAUCCAGCAGUUCAUCAGAUGAAGCUCAGAGUGGCAUGGUCAGGACAAGUAUGGAUUACAUUGAGCCGGACCCCCCAGUCAAAGGUCGUGGGACACUGAUUAAACAAGACUCCGUACCCCAGGAGCCAGCCCCAGCCCCACCCAUUCCACCACCCCCUGUCAUGAGAAACAGGCAGAAAGAGCCCCUGGAAAAAAGGCCCUCAUCAGGGUAUGCAGGAUUUAAAGAGACCCCACAGAACUCCGUCACGGCUCCAUUUGAUGAUCUCCUCAUCUACAAACGCCACCUAGACAUCAAGGAAAUCGAAGACGACAUAGUGUACAUAGAUAUGAGUGAUGACCAACUGUAUGGAACGCUGGACAGAAGAUUUACGUCUAAGUUUGAGUCGGAACCACUGUAUCAAUGUUACCAUAGAGACAAGGUGACAAAGUCAACACGGCGACAUACAGAGAUGGUAGUCAGUGAGGAUGAAGAUGAGGAACCAGUUCAAAUGACCAAGCCAGAUCGUGGGGAGAGGAUAUAUGAGGCAGUAGAAGACAUUGAUGAGGCUCCGAAGAAGAAGUUGUCUACCCUGGAGAUGUUUGGGAAGACUGGCUCUGUGCUCCGGGCUCUCUGGGCAGAAAUGCCUGAGGUGAAAGAAAGUGGAGUUUUGGAGAAAGUUUCACCACAUGAAAGGAAGAUCCAAGAGGCAAUGUUUGAGAUUAUCACAUCGGAGGCUUCCUACCUGAAGAGUUUAAACGUCUUGAUUGAUGUCUUCCUCAUGUCCCCAGAAUUCUCUUCUGAACACUCUGAUCGGUGUGUGAUCACCAGACAGGAACGUCAUGUGCUUUUCUCAAACAUCGGUUCUGUCAGGGACACCAGUGAAAAUUUCCUUUGUGACUUGGAGGCCAGUUGGCAGAAGUCUGUCUUUCUGUCGGAUCUCUGUGAUAUUAUUUAUAAACACGCCGCUAACAAGUUUGAGUGCUAUAUUCGGUAUUGUACCAACCAGACAUUCCAAGAGAGGGCCACACAGGAACUCCAAAAGCGACCAGAAACAUCGGAGGUGAUCAAGCGCCUGGAGAGAAACCCGUCGUGUCAGGGUCUCCCUAUGAUCUCCUUCCUCCUGCUCCCAAUGCAGAGGAUCACGCGGCUCCCCCUACUGGUGGACGCCAUCUGUCACAGGCUAGAUCCUGACACACCCAAACACAAGUCAGCAUGUAAAGCUCUGGACGCUCUUAAUAAGGUUGUCAAAAAAUGUAAUGAUGGAGCUAAACGUAUGCAGCAAACUGAACAAAUGUGCCAUCUCGCUCGUAACUUGGAGUUCAAAGUUAAAGAAAUUCCACUUAUCUCAGCGUCUCGUUUUCUGGUGAAGCAAGGGGAGUUAACUCGUAUUGUAACAGAUUCAACAAGUCGAAUUCCCUUUGGAAAGAGAGCUUCCAGCAAACAGCCCGUGUACAUCUACUUGUUUAACGAUUUAUUGAUUGUCAGUAAACGGAAAAAAUGUAGAAGUUCGUAUUCCUUCACCCCUCAGAAUAUAUCCGCAUUGUUUAACAAUACCUAUGUGGUGACAGACUAUGCUAAGAGGAAUGCCCUUCAUGUGGAGAAUAUUGAUACCCCAGAGAAAGCCAAACUUUUACCAAAUAGUGUCCCUAGUGGUAUGAAGAAUCUAUUUAUAGUAGCUCUGCUGGAGAACCACGAACAGCGACAGGUGGAGUUGGUCCUCAGCUGUAAAUCUCCGAGUGACAGAACGCGAUGGAUUGAUGCUCUCUCACCCACGGCCAAAGAAUCUGACAGCGAGAAAAUUUAUGAGGAGUGGGAUUGUCCACAGGUGCAGUGUAUAAAGCGAUUCAAUGCCACAGAACCUGACGAGUUAGGGCUGGAGGAGUCGGAUGUCGUCAAUGUCUUCAAGAAAAUGGGUGAUGGUUGGUAUGAAGGGGAGAGGAUCCGAGAUGGGGAGAAGGGCUGGUUUCCUUCCGAUCACACCGAGGAGAUCAUGAACUCACAUGUGAGAUCAAGAAAUCUCAGACUGAGAUAUCGUCUCAUGUUAGCCUCCUCACAGGAAUAUAGCAAUGCUAGUGUUCAGGGUGGAAUGAUCAAAACAUGAGAACUUUAAUGUGUGUAUGGAAGACAUUCACAGCCAUAACAGGGAUGGUUCAGGAUAUGUGAGAGUGGUACCCUGAUACAUGUAUAUCAAGGUGUAAUUCAUGACAAAAUCAUGUUCUACAACACAUCAUUUUGUGGAUGAAGCAAUGAUAUGCUGACUUCAAUAUUCUGUGAUUUUGCAAACUUAUGGUGCUUAUGGGCUUUUUUAUGUGAGAGAAUGUACAAAUUGUGCUUGUUUUGUAUUUACAUUUUUUACUUUUCAUGGAUAAUGAAUAUCUUAAAAACUGAUUCACCAUAAUAUAGACAGCAUCACAAGAAGUGCUUGUCUACAACCAAAAAGCCAAAGAGUGAUUUGCCUUCGUUAACAUUCAUAAUGACAGUAGGCCAAGAAAAGCCACAGAACCAGUUUCACAAAUAAUAUGUUGGACCUAAUGUCCUCUGGUCUGAAAGACCACAGUGUGUAUGUUGUGCUGUAUAAGUGAUCGGUCAAAUUGUUUUGCCAAAUUAUUUGAUAAUCUGGGAAGAGCGAGUUUUAUAAAUUGAUUCAUUCAGAACUUUUUGUAUUUUUACUGUUGUAUACUCAAAUUCUUGAGGAGAGAUUCAGACUUGCUCAUAACCUCAUACUAAAGUGAUUGUGUACUUUGACAAGUACUCACUGGUUUUCAUUGUAAUAUAGCACAAGUAGCUAGCUAUAGAUAGAUAAGUCAUAAUUUGUUUAUAAUUUUUGUUUUGUCACUUUUGGGUUUACAUUCCGUGUAUUGGGCUAUGAACUAAAGAGAGAUUUCCCUAGUCAUAAUCAGUUUGAUUUGCAGAUUAAUGCUGUAUUUGAUGAUGAAAUGUAUGCAGGCUUUUUACCUUAAUCAAGACUGUUUUAUCUUCAUUACCCCCUGUUUAUCUUUGUAAAAUGCCGAUUUGUUUUUUUAUGGGGGUAAAUAUUUUGUACACAAAUACAUUGACCAAUCAUCAAUGUGAUCACAUGAUGGUGCUUUUUAUCACAUCCAUCAAGUUCAUUCAUUUUAGAGAAACAGAUUUUAGAAUAAGUCAUAUCUUUUCACCCCAUUUAUCUCAAAUAUCAUGUUCUGUUUUAUAUUAUGUUUGUUUUCGUGUCAGUAAUUCAAGAUUUAUGAAAAACAUAUUCACUCUGUGUCUGAUUGUUCUUAUAUCAGUGUAAUUAUUUUUUGAGUAAUAUCAGACUGGAACUAAUUUACAGGCAAUAUUCUAUUUUAUGUAAAGCUUUUAUUUCUUAUAACAUAUGGUAUUAUAUAUGUACUCAACACCUGUUCUUAUCUUUUUUGAAUGACAGG